AUGCUAAAUCUUGUAUAGAGGGUUAUUGUUAUUAAUGCGAAACAGGAUGAUUUUAAUUCACGUAUAUCAUGUAAAGUAAGAUAAAACAGAAUACUAAUGAACUAAAAAUGUGUCGGUUUGCCUGGUUUUUAUGAUCCUUAGAAUGAAGAUUAAAUAUGUAAAAAUUAAUAAAAUAUAUUUUAGCUUGUGAUAUUUCAUGGAAAAUUGGUUUGGUCCAUCAAAUUUAGAAUGUACUCAAUGUCUAAAUGAAAGCAUCUCAAGCAGAAUUAAAGUUGAUCUUUCUGUCAAUGUGUAAUUGGAUAUGCAGAUUAAGCAUUUAAGUAUUAGAAAUGUGGAUGUAUUAAUUAAAAUUGAUUUUAGAAAAUGUGAUCCAAAAUUUCAAAAAUUUUUCUAAGCAGCUGAAUAAACUACUUAUCAAUAAAGUCUAACAUGCAUACCUGGAUAGAAUCAUGUUUUUCCUGAAAAUUUUAAAAGUGAAUGCUAAGUUAAUACUGAAGAUUUUAGAAGAUUUUAUAAGUACUUUCAUCAAUUAUACAAAGUUUAUCAUUAUAAAUGUGGAAUCUGUGAUGUUACUAAGGCCACAAAUUGUAUAAUAUGCAAUUUAAGCUCUAUUAGAAAAUUGAGGAGAAUGCUUAUGUAUUUAAUCAUAUAAUGAUGAUAAUACAGAUAAUAUGGAAUCUUCAAGUCUUAUAUUAAAUUUUAUUGAUAGAAUGUCAUUAUUCAUUUAAAACAUGUGCAAACAGUACUGAAAAUAAAAAAAAUGCAUGCGUAGAAUGUCCUUCAACUAGAAUACUUUAUUAAGCGACCAGAUGGAAAUAUGACAAUAUGUUUGAUAAUGGAUUCUCAAAAGAUUAUUAACUCUGUGAUAAGUAUUGUUUAACAUGUAAUGGACCUCUUUCAUCAAAUUGUCUAAUAUGUGAUUUAAAAUAUAGAAUAAUAGAUUUAUAGUCUUACCUGUGUCCAACUGGGUAUUAUGAUAUUGCAUAAUUAGAAUGUGUAUGUAUUUUUAUUGAAUAGCAUUAGAAUGCCACUAUUCACUAUAACUAUUCUUGUUAUAAAUGUUUUGAUAAAAAUCCAGAAAGUUGUAUUGUUUGUUCUCUAGAACUUAAUUUUAGAGUAUUAAAAGGAAAUAUCUGCCAAUUUAUAGAUGGAUAUUAUUAAGAGUAUGGAAUAGUGUAAAAGUAAUUUUUCAUUACUACUUAUCUAUUAGAAUGUUAAUAUAAAUGUGAAACAUGUGAGAGCCAAGCAGAAAAAUGUUUGACUUUUCUAUUAAAUUCUUUAUGUAUACUUGAUUCUGUUAAGGGGUGUUUUUGUCCAAAAGAAUAUUAUAAUAAAGAAGAUUCAAUCGUUUGUCAAAGUAAUUUGCAUAUCUGCAUUUUAGGAUGCCAUUUCAAAUGCAAAUCUUGAUAUGGAAUAGAGAUAACUGGCUCACUUGUGA